CACAGAACAGCUCUGGGGGCUGCUGAAGUCCAGAAUGAAGCAAAGAGCAGCAGAAGCGAGUGCUGCAGUGGGAGCGGAGGAGCCCAAGCAUCACCGAGAGCUGGAGCCGGCUGUUAUCUCUGCUGGGAACAACUGGGAGCACCCAGAGGAUCCUGCAGCCCUGUCUCCCACAGGAGACAGCCUCUGGCACUGCCACCGAGCCCGCUGCCAGCCCCUGGAGAGCCGAGGAGAAGGGGCUGGUGGCUGCAGCACGCAGGGCUGGGCUGGAGGGCAGCGAGGUCAGCCCUGCUAUGGCCGUGGGGGGCUAGGAGCCUGCGUGCAUCCACCGGGAAGAGGUGAAGGAUGGCUGCUGAAGGAGAGAGAGCCAAGCCCCUUGCCCAGUCCAGGAUGGAGAACUUCCGAAAGGUGAGGACCUCGGAGGAGGAGAUGCCAUUACCCUUCCCAGAUCUGCCCCCAGACGUGGUGGAGAUGAAAGUGAAGGAGGGCAGCAAGAUCAGGAACCUGAUGAACUUCGCCAUGGCCCAGAUGGAGCUGAAGGGCAGGCGGCAGAUCGUGUUCAGCGGCUGCGGCAGGGCGGUCACCAAGACCAUCACCUGCGUGGAGAUCAUGAAGCGCAAGCUGGGAGGGCUCCACCAGGUCACCAAGGUACGCUACAAGACCGUGCUGGAGGUCUGGGAGAGCCAGGACCCGCCGCUUGAUGGACCUGCACAGAACCUGACUGUCCACAAGAAUGUCCCCUCCAUCUGCAUCCUGCUCUCCCGGGACCCCCUGGAUCCCAACCAGAGCGGAUACCAGCCCCCCGAGCCCCGGCACGAGGCAGGAGAAGACACAUUGGGAUCCUCCAGCAAGGGGCUGAAGCGGCCGCUGCCGCCUCCCUGCGAGGAGCUGCUGCCCAAGAAGCUGCAGGUACAGGAGUCUGACAGCCCCAGGGGCACGGGGACCACCGCUGGCCAGCAGGACCCCUGACCCCAGUGCCUCCCACCCCACCUGCCAGGUAUGGAGGCAGGAAUAUCCACUCAUUCUGGGGUCACUGGUGGGCUGCAGGCUCCCCCUGACCUGUCCCCACUUGCUGCUCCUUGACCCCUGUGGAUGGGGGUCCCCAGAUUUGGCGUGAGGGUUAAACCCAUCAUGUCUUGGUUAUGGAUUGAAGCAGGUGAGCAUGUGGGGGGGAGAGCUGGUGACCUCUGAUUCAGCCACCCAGGGACACUGUGACCACCAGCCACAUCCUGCAGUGACUCCCAGGGAGCCAGAGCAGCCGAGGGGUGCCUGGACCACCACCACCGCUCCCCACUGCAACGCCUCAUCCAUCAGGAGAGAUGGGUUUGCCCCAAGCUUGUUGGAAUAAAACCUUCAUUAUCAAACCCGCUGCUGCGGAGCUGUUGGAGUUAUUAAUGCCAGGCUCAGCAUCCUGUGAGACUGUGAUUCAUCCCAAAAAAACAAGCACAGGGGGUGCUCCCUCCUGCACCCUCAGAGCCGAGCACUGCACUGUGCUGCCUGCCUGUGGGACAGCACAAGGAAAUAAAACAACCCACAUUGGAUAUUCUGGUCUGGA